CACAGGCUGGAUGUCGCCCUAAAUCCGUUGGGCAACGUGACGCAUUUGAGUCCCGAAUUCUGGGACGAGGACGACGACGACAACAACAACUACUGGUGGGCCUACUCCCAGCGGAGCUCGGCUUCCUCGGGCGGCCACGUCACGCGGUCGCUGCGCCGCGGCGACGCCGUCUACACGUUCUCGGACAACUUCGUCGCCAAGACGUCCCUCGAAGACGGGCGGUCGCUAGGCACCGCCUCGCUCGCCGUCAACGCGACGUACUCCGAGUACGACGAUGACUACGGAUAUUGGUACUAUGUGUGGUAA